CCCACUAUUCUGCACUUGCUGGUUCUUCAGACUGGACAGCUCUCCUGGUGCCAAAGUAUUUAGAGAACUUCCCCAAGUGGAACAGUCCCUUGGAUAUGACUGGCCUUGUGUUUGCACAGACUGAAGUAACAGCUACGCAACGAUAACUUCUCUCACGGAAACUCACUGGAUGCUGCAUUUUUACCUGGUCAGGAUUGCUUACAGCUUACUUAACUGUUUGAGAAGACUAGUUUCAAGAUGGCUGAAGAAGAAAAACUCUCUCUAAAGAAAGCAAUUCAGUUUGGUAUUAAUGGGUAUAUUUCAUUAGGAAAACUAUGCAUCAGAAAUGAAAAUAUACCCAAAAGUUAUAAUGCUUGUUGUUUCACCAACACGCAAAUAAAGCACAUGUGACUGGUCCAUCAUAAGAAAAGGCUGGAUCACCAAUGGAGAACUGACUGCCACACAAGAGCCAUCAGGAAAGCCAUAGACUCAACCUUACCUUUAAAUUGUCUAACUGCAAGCAUAACAGCCUGUGUAAUUUUGUAAUCUAAAGAUUAUGUUAGCUUCACAACACACAGAUUUCUGCACUCCCUUGCUACAUGAAAUCUUUCCUUAAAUAAGAUAUAGAAUUUCUUUAUUUUAGUAUUUGGUCAAUUAAAUUUGAAGGGCAUUCCUAAAGAGAGAAUGUCAGUUAAAAGCACACAUAACAAGCAGAAUGAACAGCUUAACUUCUUCAAGAGCAAAGUAUUGAUUUGCACCUUAGGAACAACCUUAAUAUUCAGUUCAAAUGACAAAUGAAAUGGGUCGCAAAGAAACACGUUACUUACAGACUUUAAACUGUGACUCAAUGGCCCAGCAAAACAUGAAAAUGCGCCCAGUGCUCCUGAAAAGGAACAGCCUGGAUUCAGCUGACUGUAUAAGACAGCCACAGCACCGCAGGAGCAAAUCUCAGCAAGUGCGAUUCAAGGAUGAUGGUGUGAACAUAAAGAAUGAACUGGAUCCUAACCCUGCCCAACAUAUAGCAUUCACAGCUGGAAAACCAGAAAUAUUUACUGAUCACAGUUUUUUGCUGCAUCACUCUCCAUCUGCUGCAAGGGCUCAGAAGGGGCUUCAGAAUAUUGCCAUACAAACAUCUCCCAGCCUCAGGAAACACUUCCCAGUCUUUAAAAGGAAAAAGCUGACCGUAAGCAAAUCACUAACAGAGAUGCCAAGUGAGCCUGCAAACUCUGUCCAGGUGAACGGCAAUCUUUCUGAACAAGACAUGAUGGCUUCAGAUCUCUGUUACUUAAGAAUAAGUAAUCAUUUGGAAGAUGGGUUUAAGGAGAGUGAGGUGGAUGGUCAGUUAAGUCAAAGACCUUCAAAAGCACAAAACAAUGGACCUAUCCAACCCGACAGUUUCUCAGGAUCAGAGAAGACAACUGUUUCUACACAGAUGCCUGAAUACAUACAUGUGAGUUUUCCACAAGACAGCAAUGUUUCCAUGGAUGCACCAGACACAACCACAGAUUUAAGUAAUUCACUGCAUUCUUCUUCUGCCAUAAAUAUCAAUGGAAAUAAUGACAGCAGCAUGCUGCUGUCUAAUUCUGGAAAAUCAUACCCUUGCCUACUCAAUUCCAGUAACUGCAGUGCAUGUACUGCUCAUUCUGAAUCCUGUGAAGCAGAUAGAAGUGAUUCAGAGUCACUUGUAGCCAGCAAAGAUGAAAGCAGUAAGGAACCUGCUCCAUUCCCAUCUCCAUCAAAUCACAGUUCAUCUUGUUUCCUCAGAGACUGUCAACAGACAGGAGAGCACAAACCAGAUUCCAGCUGUGUGACAUUAACAAAUGAUGGUCACACAAUCAUGUCAGUGACCAGCGGUAAUGCGUCAAAAUCUAUUCUGACAUGUAGUUCUGAAAUGGAGAACAAUUGUACCCAGCCAGCUGUUUCCCAAUGUAACAGCUGUUUAGAAGGAUUCCACAUAAAGUCUUAUCUGCCAAGGAAUGAAAUAAAGCCACAAAUCAACAAAGAGAUUAGUGGACUCAAUCAAAUCCAUUUGGCACACGGUGAACUCUGUGCCCUACAAGGCAGGCUGCAGUCUGUAGAGGAAUCUUUGCAGUCCAACCAGGAGAAGAUAAAAGUCCUUUUGAAUGUAAUCCAAGACCUGGAAAAAUCCAGAGCCCUCAGUGAAGGGCGUAACUUCUAUCACACUGGUCAAGACCUCAACAACUGCAGUACCUGCCAGAACACCGCGUGUAUCAUUUACAGUGUAGAAUAUGACUUCAGGCAACAAGAAGGAAGAUUUCAUCAGAUUUUGAAAACGCUGGAUCAUGCAGAGCAAACUCCAGCCCCAGCUUCACCUCAGAAGCCACCAUCUGAUCAUCCAGCUCCCGAGAAAAAGGAGGUGAGAAGAAAACCAAAAAAGGUGAAAAGAAAAUGUUUCUGGUGGAUUUGACUUCCUUAGGAAACCUUCUAUGCUUCAAAAAACACUAAACCCAAAGAGGUUUGAGAGCACACACCUGGAAAAAUGCUAUUCCAGCAUCACAGAGCUAAAGAAUGUUUAAUUAGAGCAUCUGAAAAAUCAAAAGGAUUAAAUUUACUUCAAUCACCUCACUCAAUAAAGGUGCAUGAGGAUACUGUUUUCAAAAGGAAACUCUUUCUUUCAAGAGGAAGCUUUCUCUUUUUUUCCAAGGACACUUUCAUAUGCUUUGUAAAGAAUUUCUUUCCAACUUUACAAAAAAAUAACUAUCUCUACUUUAAAACACAAUGGUAGACAAAACUAAGGGCAUCACACAGUCUUUGUUUCCUAUAAACAACAUGGGUUGAGAGGAAGAACUUCGUUGACCUUUAAACAAACCACAUAACCAAGAACAAAUUCAGGGGAAUCUAUGUUGUUCAAGCAAAUCUCUCCUCAAAGGAGACAAGUAUUUCACAUCCCCACUUUUUGUUGUUGUUGUUGUUGUUGUCACUAUCAGCUAAUACUUAACAACAAAAUAAGUCUUUCAGGUUAGGUUUUACUCUGUCCUAUCACUGGUUCAGCUUAAAAAGCAAUCAUUUACAUGAUUCAGUGACUACUCUGAAAAGAAUGACAGAAUCAUAACUCUGUUAUUUUAGGCUUAAACCCCUUACUUAAGCAAGGUCUAAUCAGAUGAAUUUCUGAGGAUCUCCAAAGACAAAAAAUACAUAACCUCCUGGGGAAAUCUGCUGCCAUUUCCCUCCCCACCAACAUCUAAUCUGUAUUUUUUAUGGUCUAAAACUAGUGUCCAUUACUUGUUUCCCAUCCAACUUUCUUUUUAAGAGGAAGUAGACAGAUAAUAAAACCACUUUCCUAAGCCUUUACUUCAAGUCUGAACGUAUCCAGUUUUCACUGCCUCUCUUCACAUGUUAUGUGCUGCAUCCCAGUCAUCUUGGCAGUUUCUCUCCGGUAAGUUGGUGUGUUUCAUUCACUUGGAAGCCUACCACAGAGCACAAUGCCUCAGAUGUCAUCAUGCAAUGGAAUGAGGAGUAUAACCAGUCUGGCUACCGCCUUGCUAAACCACUCGCCCGAUUUGUCUAUCAGCUACCUGUACCACUACACCAAAAUAUCCCAAAACAUGUUUUUUUUGGCCUUAAGAUAUAAAUAAGUUAAUAUAUUUAAUAAACUAAUCUGUAUUUUAUAAAAAAUGUAAGUGCUAAAAAGAUUUUAUCAGAUGUCAAUGGAGCUAUUUCCUUCCUUCAGAAAUAGCUGAGUUACCAGUUAGCACAGACUAUGCCAACGUAAUCUACUUUAGGGUUGAUGAGACUAUUUUCCUCAUGAAAACACAGAUAUCUUUCAUAUGGGGGGGGGGGGGGUGCGGAAAAGGGGAACAGGUUUUCCAAAAGGACACACUGUAAAGCCCAAAUAAUGUAUUUUAUGUUUAGUGGAAUGUCCUGCAGACCUUUUCUUGGAUGUGACUCUGGUUAAUCAGUUCAAAUGAUACCAGGAUAUUCCACAGAUUAACUCCUGGAUCCUAUUUUUCUAAACCAUGUUGUAUUAAUUGUGCAAUGUUAGUUAAAGAUGUCUGUAUGCUUUUUGCACAUUUCUGUUUCCUUCAAUUCUUAGGGUUAAUUACACAUUUGAAAACACAUUAAAACCAGUUUUGCACAGAA